GGGUGUCAACCACAAUAUGGUGCCAACUGAUCAACAAAGCGACGAAUGGGUUAAUGUAAUCCCUAGUCUGAAAUGGGCGGAGAUUCCAGCUGGGACGCGAACCGGACCAACCGAGAAAGCAACUCAAAUCUGGGAAAGAAAGUCACUGCUGGGCUCGUAUGCAUUUAUUUAUCUAUCGGGAUCUGCGGUUCACUUGUGCAUACAGUUUGACCGUGUCGUGAAAUCGAUGGAGAAGUUUUGGAGUUGCUGUCAGCUAUGGGUGAAGUAGUCGAGACGUGGAAGGCUGUAGAGGGAAACUCAGCGGACCGGAGUUUAAGAAGCGGAUCAACAGGACUGUGCGGAGCGCUGGCUUUCUGCAUACUUUAAAACAAUGGAAAACUGUCCCUGCCUUUACACGGAUCCCUCUGUAUGAGCCGACAAAUAAACAGCUUCAGUGGCGCUGAGAUGGUCUAAGCACACUUUGCUGUUGUGGUUUGCACUGAUCAACAGGACUAAAGCCAACGAGAGGUCUGAUGGUAAAGUAAUAAAUCGGUGUCAUCUGCGAAUAGAGAUAGAAAUCCGUUGAUAAACACGCCGAGUGGCACCAUGUGGAGCCCGGGGACGUGGAUGUGGCGAGCGGCUCUGUGCUGCGUGCUUCUGGAAACAUUUCUGCACACUGCUAGAGGUCUUAACAUGUGUAUGAGUGGCAGCGCUACGUCCUGUGAAGAAUGCCUCCUGAUUCACCCCAGUUGCGCCUGGUGCGCGCAAGAGGAUUUUGGGAGGGGGCGGACUCUGACGUUACGGUGCGAUUUUAGUCAAAACCUGCAGAAGAGGGGCUGCGAGGCGCGGUUCAUCGAGUACCCCACCAGCAGCAUUUCUGUCCUGCAGAACAUGCCCCUGAGUUCUAAAGGGUCCGGGUCGACCCAGUACGAUGUCGUCCAGAUUAUGCCUCAGAAGAUCUCUCUCAGUCUGCGGCCGGGAGACCAGACGUGGUUUGGGCUGCAGGUGCGGCAGGUGGAGGACUACCCAGUGGAUCUCUACUACCUGAUGGACCUCUCUCUUUCCAUGAAAGAUGAUCUGGACACUAUCCGUAACUUGGGUACCAAGCUGGCCCAGGAAAUGGGCAAGCUCACCAGCAACUUCAGGCUGGGCUUUGGUUCCUUUGUGGACAAAAACAUGUCCCCCUUCUCCUACACAGCACCCAAGUAUCAGGAGAACCCGUGCAAUGGAUACAAAUUGUUCCCCAACUGUGUCCCCACCUUCGGUUUCCGCCACAUCCUCUCACUGACAGAUAAAGUGGACCGUUUUAACGAGGAGGUGCAGAAGCAGAUGGUAUCUCGCAACCGGGACGCACCAGAGGGCGGAUUUGACGCCAUCCUGCAGGCUGCUGUUUGUAAGGAGAAGAUAGGUUGGAGAAAGGAGGCCUACCACCUGCUGGUGUUUGCCACAGACGAUGUGCCUCACCUCGCUCUGGACGGCAGGCUGGGAGGCCUUGUCCAGCCCCACGAUGGACAGUGUCACCUCAAUGACGAGAACGAGUACAGCGCUUCCACAAAGAUGGACUAUCCCUCUCUGGCUCUUCUGGGGGAGAAACUGGCAGAAAAUAACAUCUUUCUCAUCUUUGCAGUGACAAAACGGCUGUAUGUUAUUUAUAAGAAUUUCACUGCACUCAUACCUGGAACUACAGUAGAAAUCCUGGACCAGGACUCUAAGAAUGUAAUUCAGCUGAUCAUCGCAGCUUACAAUAACAUCCGUUCUAAAGUGGAGCUGUCAGUGUGGGAUCACCCAGAGGACAUCAGCCUCUCCUUCACUGCCACCUGUCAGGAUGGAAAGCCGCUGCCAGGCCUCAGGAAGUGUGCUGACUUGAAGAUAGGCGACACUGUAUCAUUCAACGUGAGUGUGGAGGCGAGGAGCUGCCCUCCCCGUGGCACUGACCAGAGCUUCACCAUCAAGCCGGUGGGGUUCAAAGACCGUCUGGAGGUGGCUGUGGAUUAUCAGUGUGACUGCGGCUGCAGCCGGACAGCACAAACCAACAGCAGCAUCUGCAGCUCCAUCGGAACGUAUAACUGUGGGACUUGUCACUGUGAGCCGGGCUACCUGGGCGCCCGCUGUGAGUGCCAAGAGGGCGAAGCCAGCAGCAUGUACAUCAGCGGCUGCCGGGAGGCCGAGGGCAAGCAGAUCUGCAGCGGACGAGGAGAGUGCAGCUGCAACCAGUGUCUGUGCUAUGAGUCUGAGUUUGGCAAGAUUUACGGCAGCUUCUGCGAAUGUGACGACUUCUCCUGUGCCCGACACAAAGGCAUCCUCUGCUCAGGUCAUGGAGAAUGUCACUGUGGGGAGUGUAAAUGCCACGCUGGUUACGUUGGCGACAACUGUAACUGCUCUAUAGAGACGUCGUCCUGCAUUUCAGACGACGGGCAGAUGUGCAGCGGCCGAGGCAGCUGUGUGUGCGGCCGCUGUCAGUGUACUGAGCCGGGGGCUUUUGGAGAUACCUGUGAAAAAUGCCCCACCUGCCCCGAUGCCUGUGGCACUAAAAGGGACUGCAUCGAGUGCCGGCUUUUCAACUCAGGACGGCUUGCAGAUAACCAGACUUGCCAGCGCCUGUGCAAGGAUGAAAUCAUCACUGUGGAGACCCUCAAAACGGAGGACCCCGGCGCUGUGCUUUGUCUGUAUAAGACAGACAACGAUUGUGUCAUGAAGUUCACAUAUUCAGAGCACGCCAGCGGACAAUCCAUCCUCACAGCUCUAAAAGAGCCAGAGUGUGGUGGUGGGCCAGAUGCUAUGGUAGUGCUGCUUGCAGUGGUCGGCAGCAUCCUGCUGGUGGGAGUGGUGCUGCUCGCUGCCUGGAAGUUAGUCAUCACUAUUCAUGACCGGCGAGAGUUUUCACGCUUCCAGAGCGCACGCUCACGUGCCCGAUACGAGAUGGCCUCCAACCCUCUGUACAAGCAGCCUGUCUCUACACAUUUUGUAGAAACAGAUUUCAACAUGUAUGGGAAGUCCUACAACGGAGGGGUCCACUGAUCCCUCAGCACAGGGCACGGCAGGACCGGUCCAACGACCAGAUCCCUAGAGGACGGGCUGAGGUGGACGGCGGACUGAACACACUCGUCCCUCUGCACGGUUCACAACUGAUAACAGAAGUGAAAUGAACUAGACUGUGUCCGAGGGGGGAAUCUGUGGCCUUUUUAUCUUUAUUGGAGGAGAUUCAAGCCUACCACAGAGACGUGAUGUGACUCCUUUUUUCUUCAUCUGUGUCCGCAGCGGCAGUCGGUGGAGGAGCAAUGAAGCAGGAACUCCUAGGUCUCAUUUAGAGAGAGAGAAAGAGAGAGUAGAGUUAGCCGUGAGUUUGUUUGCAGUUUCACAAGAUAAACAAACCAUAACUCCAAACACAUGAAACCACCACUCAUUCUUUGCACAGAGCAGGCAGGACAUUGGCUUAUAUUUGUAUAUUUUUAUACACUAAAAAUGCCUUUUUUUUAGUAAACUAUGCACCCAACGGGACUCUGAACAAUUUGAAUUUCACUCCACAUCAGAUAAUUUCAAAUUUGCAGGAUUAUUAAAAAGCACAUAUGAUGUUGUGGUACUACUAACAUUUACUAAGCAAUAGACUUCUUACCUUCAUUUUGCACAGAAGAUAUUAAGAGUCAAAUCUCGUAAAGAUUUAAAUUUUCCUUUGUUUUGUGUGUGUGUGUUUGUUAUUGUAUGCUCCAAUUGCACUCCUUUCUCUUAUCCCCCCCAAAAAGCCUCUGAACCCUUAAAGGAUAAGGCUGGUGUAACUCUGUAUUUGUCUUUUAACAAAUGCCAUCAAAAGACCAAAACCAACACUGUGGUAGUCUCUAAUACUUUCAGACUUCUCCACCGUGUCUGUGGCACUCAGAUUCAAGCUCAUUUGUUCCUACUGAAGACAAAUCUUUAAAAUGUGUCAGAAAUAUAAAGUUACAUUUUUCUAAAAGCAAUUUGCUAAAACACAGUGGCAAACAUCACUUAAACAGGAGGAAACGGUGAGUUUGUUGGAGACUAUUUUCAGCAACAGAUUAAUACACAUUUGGAGCUCUAGUGAGUAUUUACAGUUAAGGUGAAACAAUUAUUAAUUGAUUAAUUAAUUAGUCAAUUACCAGAACAUUGAUCUGCAACUAUUUCCAUAAUGGAUUAUCAUCUAAGUCUUUUUUUGUGUUUUUUUUUCUCAAAAACACCAAAUAUUCUCUAGUUCCAGCUUCAGGAGUCAGCGCCAGUAUUUGCUGUAUUUCCCUGUUUUGUAUCACUAGUGCAGAGCCCGUUCAAAACGUGCCUGUUCGGAACGGGCAGAUUGCUUGGCCUUCAGUAUUGAUGCUUGCAGCUUUCUGGAGAACCGCUCAUCCAAAACGACUUCACACUGCGCUUCCUUGGGUCCUCAGCAAUACACCCUCCAACUGUGAAGUUGAUCGGAUGAACGCUUGUUGAGAAAAUCGAAGGACAGACAGACAGACAGACAGACAGACAGACAGACAGAGAUUUGGACUGUUGGUCGGACAAAACAAACACUGAAGAUGUCACCUUGGGCAUUAGGAAAUUGGGAUAAGCAUUUUUUUUUUUUUUACUUUUUCAGACAUUUUGUUGACCAAACGAUUAAUCAAGAAAAUGAUUGGUAGAUUAAUCUGUAAUGAAAAUAAUUGGCUCAUUUAAGUGUUUUUAGUAGUUUUUGCACAACAACGGAGCUCUAUGGCACAGAGGAAUAAGUAUUAGGCUUUGGAUACACAGACAAUACUUGUUAGUAGCAUCAAUUCAUUGUUGGUUUUGGUCUUUUCGUCAAUUUUGUUGACAAUAAGAAAAAUAUGAAAUACCACCAGCCUCUGAACCCUUAACAACACAUCAGAAUCAGAGAUGGGUUGUUGAAUGCUGUAUAUUCAGCACUGUGGUAACUGCCUUAAAGCAUUCUCGUAUGAUAAAGUCGAUUUGUUACAAAUAUAGUCACUGGCGAUGCAGAGUAGAUCACCUCUAACUUGGAAUAGAAACACAUGCAGUACUUUGAGUUAAUGUGGAUUUGGGCAUACAAUAUGACUGGCUGCUACAUUAUAAAGUCCCUGUGAUGCUGUGUCCACCCUGCCUGCAGUGGGAGUGGGUGGAAACACUGAGAAACCUCAAAGGAUAGUGUCCAGAGUCAUAAAUCUACCGUCACUGUUCCCACAGGAAGAGGCAGAGUCUGAACCGUCACAGGGAAAUCUGACAGUACGAAAUGCUACAGAUGGGUUGAGCCUGGGCGACAAAGAAGGGUGCUCUGAGGCCUUUUUUGUGAUGGUCUCAGAGUAAAUUGGCAGGGACUUGGAGUUUGUAUGUGUGUUUGAGUGAAAAGAGUGUAUGUAAAUAAUAAUACAUGGGUAUGUAUGUACAUACAGUGCCAAAUGAAAUGAAAAUGUUUUGACUUGGCUUGGCUGUGUGUCUUGGCACAGUUUACUAAAACUCACGCACCCACACCUUUUUCAGCUUACACAUGAACCUUUAGUAUAAAGUUCUCCCUGUACAGUUGUGAACAUUUUCACUUGGAUGAACAGUUCACAAAAGGAUUCACGCCACUACAUGUUUAUGUAAUACUGCACACAGAGCAAGAACAUUAAAUUUGCUUAUGUCAAAAGCCA